GACGACAGCCACAAAGUCGGCAGAGGCAACGUUUGCGACCUUGCUGGUGCAGACUUUUGGCUGAGAGAGCAAGUCGAGCUGGGGAUUGGACUACUGGCGGAUCGAGAGUUUGUUUGUGUUUGCUAACCCGCACACUCUCUCACACACACACACGGCCACCCACUUUGGUCUCGCAUAUUUCCUCUUUGCAUACCUUGUGAAGGAAGACCAGCACUUGAACAUCCAUGUCGGACAACGAGGCAUCGGGCUCUGCCGGACUCUCUGCAGAUGAGGUGAUGACCAAGCUGCAGAAGCAGAUUGAUUUCUACUUUUCGCGGGAGAACCUUGCGUCGGACAAGUACCUCGUCUCGCACAUGUCGAGCGAAAUGUUUGUGGACGUGGACAUUAUUGCGGCGUUUAAGAAGGUCAAGUCUCUGACGACGGACCGUGCAACGCUGCUGCAGGCCAUGCGUGCUUCGGACGCGGUGGUGCUGUCCGAGGACGAGACCAAGGUCAAGCCGGUCUUUGAGCUCAAGCGCAACACGAUCAUCAUCCGCGAGCUUCCUGAGGACGUGACCGAGGCCCAGGUCAAGGCCAUUUUCGACGACCCUGCGGCCGGCAAGGUUGUGAGCGUGCAGGCUGAGGCACAGAACCACUGGUAUGUCAAGUUUGCGGACGAGGACAUCACUUUUUCGACCUUUAUGUGGCUGCGGUCGCAAAAGUACGACGGCAAGCCGAUCCGGUGCCGGAUCAAGACCGAGUCGCUGCUGCAGGGCGCGUCGCCUGGCGCGGCCAAGCCUGCCGGCGAGGCGCCCGCAGGGGCGCCGUUUGUGGCCGGCGCUCCGCCUGGUGGCAACCCUUACGCCUACAUGGGCUACGGCGGUCCGCAGUAUGUGCCCGUGGCAGGCCAGGGCGGCGUGUAUGGCUACCCCCCGCCGCAGGGCUGGGAGGGUGCCCCGCCGCAGGGUGGGUUCAUGCCGUCGCAGGCCAUGUACAUGGCCGGCCAGCAGCACUACUACGCCAACGCCGCCCCGUACGCUCACUCUGGAACUGAUCAGACGUACGCCGGCCGUCGCGGCGGGGGCCGUGGAGGCUCGGGCGGCAAGGGUGGCAAGGGCGGUGCCGUCCUCAAGGAGUACGACGGUUCCGGCCGCGACGCAGGCGGCAAGCGUGGCCGCCGCAACGGCGACGACUCGCGCCGGAGCCGCGGCUCGGGCGAGGGCCGCGGCCGGGGCAAGGGUGCCCGCGGCGGCCGCGGGGGCGCAAAAUCCGCCAGCCCCUCGCAGCGGAAGGCCCCGGACUUUGAGCUCGGCCUCCAGUCCUUCCCGCCGCUGCCCAAUGCCAAGGGCGCUGCGCCCAAGCCCGCCGGCUACUCGGCCGAGUUUGUCAAGUACCCGCGCGACGACCUGGUCAAGGUCAUCCGUUCGUUUGCCGACGUUGUCGUCUACCAGCCGACUGAGCUGGCAGACUCGGACGCCCCAGUUGUGCUCUCCGAGCCCAACACCACCCUCGAGGUGGAGAAGCCUGUCCCCGAGAUCAAACGCCGCAAGAAGAACCGGCAGCGCCGGCGCCACGACUCUUCCUCUGGUGGAAGCUCGCGUGGCAUGGACCGCGCGACAGCAAUGGGCCAGCGGCGCAACGUUGGCGGCGCCAAGGAGGCUGCUCCGGCCAAGGUGUCGGCGCCCAAGGCUGCCGAGACCUCUGCACCUGCUGCCGCCCCCACCUCGUCCGCGGCCGCGCCGUCGUCUCCUGUCAAGAAGGAGUCGGCGCCGGCGACGGCGUCCGCGCCCGCGGCUGACUCGAGCGCGUCCGCCUCCACCGAGGCCCCCGCCCCGUCGGCGGGUGGCAAGCCGACCUACGCCGACCUCUUCAAGAAGUCGUAGUCGUCAUCCCGCUUGCACCCGCCGCCGCUCGCCCGCCUA